AAUGACAGUGGAUUCACAAACUUCUCCUCAAACUCAAGAUGCUUCCUUAUUUAGAAGGCCAAAAGUUUAUAUUAUUGGUGUUGGAAUGACAGCGUUCACAAAACCGCUUACAUCUGGCAAGGAUUAUCCAGAAUUGGUUAAAGAAGCAGUUGGCGAAGCCUUGAGUGAUGCUGGUGUAAGAUAUGAACAAAUUCAACAAGCAACCGCUUCCUACAUGUAUGGUGGGUCUUGUUGCGGUCAAAGAGCAUUAUACGAAAUUGGACUGACAGGAAUACCUAUAUUUAAUUUGAAUAAUGCCUGUGCAAGUGGUUCCAGUGGAAUUUUUCUUUGUAAACAAAUUAUAGAAAGUGGAAAUGUUGAUUUAAUGCUGGCUGUUGGGUUUGAAAAGAUGCAACCAGGAAGUUUAGAAAAUUCUCCAGAACAUUUAGACGACCGUGCUUUACCCGUAGAAAAACAUAUUCAAUUAAUGGCCGACACCUAUGGAUUACAAGCGGCCCCAAUAACUUCCCAAAUGUUUGGAAAUGCUGGACGUGAACAUAUGGAAAAAUAUGGUACAACAAGAGAACAUUUUGCUAAGAUUGCGUGGAAGAAUCAUUUACAUUCUGUCCAUAAUAACAAAUCACAGUUUCAACGUGAAUUCUCUUUGGAUGAAGUUGUUAAUGCUAGAAAGAUUUAUGAUUAUAUGGGUCUAUUCGAAUGUUCUCCAACCAGUGAUGGUGCUGCUGCUGUCAUAAUUUGUAGUGAAAAAUAUAUUGAACAAAAUCCUCAUUUAAAGCCUCAAGCAGUUGAAAUUGUUGGAAUUGAAUUAGGAACAGGUUUUUUAAUUUUAAAUUGA